AGGGAAGGCUGCUGGUGUCAGUUUGAGUCUGGACUCUGAGCAGCUGUGGGGAGGGUCUCCAGCUGAUAGAGGAAACUCGCUACCUAUUAAACCCAAACACAGACACAUUCUAAUGCAGAUCAGCUGUGUGCAAACAAUACGGGAAUUGCAGCACUGAGCACUGGAGAGAGGAGAGUAGGGUUUGUUCUGGAAAUUUGUCUCAACUUAAAUUGAGAUAUCUAUAUCAUAUAGAUCUAGAUUUGAGGGAGUAUUAAGUACAAAGAGUGAGCAAAAGGAGAUCUUUGGUCAUAUGGAAUAAGGCUUCUCUGUGUGAGCAGAGUGCCCAUAGUGAAGUGUGCCCAAAUACACAUACCCUAUCUCCCUUGGCUUUAUUGUGGUUCUAACUGACCAUGGAGGUGUUGGAAAAUGGGGAGCAGAACCUGUUGCACUGGGAUCGAAAGCUGAGUGAGCUGUCAGAACUGGUGGACUCCGAUUCCCUGCUAAACAAUACGCACUUCACGGAGUUCCUGGAUGAGUUUUCGCAGGAUGUCCUAGGCCAGCUCUUGAAUGACCCCUUCAUGUCUGAGAAAAAUGAGAUGAUGGAAGUGGAGCUGUCCCCAGCAUCCCCAGCUCCCCUCAUCCAGGCAGAACACAGCUACUCCCUGUGCGGCGACUCUCGCCCCCAGUCCCCACUGACCCACGUUUCGACUGACGACAACUUCAAUGAAGCUGAUCUGGAGAAUGAGGAAUGGUGUCUGGGUGCAGAAUUGACUUCAGCAACAAUAAAAACUGAACCUGUGCUGUGUGAGGCGCCAGGCCUUACCCCCUCUGUCAGUCUCACCAUCACACCUGUACCCCUGGAAGGCGAAGAACCCCAGUUGCAAUCUGAUGCCAUGAUGAAACCGUUGAGCCAGAAGGUUCUUCCAGAGAUUAAAUUGGAGCCACAUGAAGUAGAUCAGUUCCUGAACCUGUCUUCUAAGGAAGCAAUGGAUCCACUGCACCUGCCUCCAACCCCUCCCAGCAGCCAUGGCAGUGACUCUGAGGGAGGGCAAAGCCCAACCAGGUCCCUCCCGCCUUCAAGCCCUGUCCAACUACAAGCCACAGCUAAAGUGACAUCACGCAUGGCUUCAGCACUCUCCAAUUCGCCUCUCCUGACUGCACCACAUAAAUUGCAGGGGACUGGUCCACUGAUCUUGACGGAGGAAGAGAAGAGGACGCUGAUAGCUGAGGGGUACCCUAUUCCUACAAAACUGCCCCUGACAAAGGCAGAGGAAAAAGCACUGAAGAAAAUCCGCAGGAAAAUAAAGAACAAGAUCUCUGCCCAGGAAAGUAGGAGAAAGAAGAAAGAAUACAUGGACAGCCUGGAAAAAAAGGUUGAGUCCUGUUCAAAUGAAAAUAGUGAGCUGCGUAAGAAAGUGGAAGUCCUGGAGAACACAAACAGAACUCUUCUGCAGCAGUUACAGAGACUCCAAGCCAUGGUUGCUGGCAAAGUGUCCCGUUCCUGUAAAGCAGCCAGCACGCAGACAGGGACCUGUCUCAUGGUGGUGGUGCUGUGCUUCGCAGGCAUUUUUGGCAGCUUCUCUCAGAGUUACGGGCCCUAUCCUUCUGCCACAAAGAUGGUGCUGCCCAGCCAGCAUUCCACACCAGAGUUGUACACGGCCUCCAUUGUCCGGUCAAGAAGUCUGCUAAUUUACGAAGAGCCCCGCCAACUGGAGGAGCAGUACAGUUCAAUCUCCUUUGCAGAUCGCAGUGAUGUCUGGGAUAGGCGCAUGGACGCCUCCAAACACACAGCACUAUCUCUGGAAUCUGUGCCGGGAGCACAGCAGGACAAAGUCACACACUUCACAGUAGCCAAUGAGACAAGGCUAGAGAAAUCAGUGGUGCUGGGGCUGCAGCCGCACAGGGUCAGCUCAGAGCUGGAAGUGAAUGAAACGCUGAAAAUAAUUGAAAUUGAUAGACGAGUUAAUGCCACUUCUUAAAAAAGAGGCCUUCUCUCCCCCCUCCCCCCCAUUAUCCUCCCUUCUUUCCAACCCAAGCCCCACCCCUUCCGCUGGACUCAUCACCAUCAGGGAACCAACGGGCAAAAGAGAGAGAGUCUGCCAACUUCUGAUUUGGCUGAAGAGUCUGUGACUUGAGUCAGCAGCAGUUGUCCUCGUUCUGUCCUUUCCUCCGGGCACACAAACCUGCUUCUGCUUUUACUGCUGUCCCUGACUGGUAAUACAAGGGUGUACAGCUGGUUGGUUUGUGUGUAUAUCCUAAUCAAGGGGCAGAGCCAUCGAAUGGAGGAUUAGGAUAAAUGUAACUGACGGGGGAACGUUUGUGGUAGGUCACGUGGGAGAAGGAAACUGAAAGAUACAGUGUGACACUGCUCAGGAUUUGGCCACAGCUCCAUGCCCAUCACUCUGGCACACUGGAGCUUUAUGGGGAGAGAAAUGUGUUCACAGUUCCCAUCCCUCCCACUGAGGGCAGAGAACAGACACUAGUCCUAUUGAGCCAACAGCACAGACAGGAGAGUCUGUUCAAUGGCAGUAUUGAUUUUUUUUUUCUUCUCCCUGCUCUCUCUCUCUCUCUCCACCCCACCCCCCCCUUUUCCUGCCCCUUUAUCACGUGGUGGGUGAAGUUUCCUUACUGUUGCCAUCCUUAUGAAGGAUCCAGGCAAAGUUCAGUCAGCCCAUGUGUCUUCUCAGGCCUUGUCUACAAUUGCACCAAUUUAACUAAAUCAGUUUAGAAACUGAUUGAGUUUAAUCUGUGCGACUCCCUUGUGUGGAAAUUUUUAAAUAAGAUUAUGACUAGUAUAUUGUAUCCAUUUAGCUUAAAUUGAUUCCUUACUGGCAUAAACUAAAUCAAUACUAGGCUCUCUUAAACCAAAAUAAGAGCGUCCACAUUAGGGGAUUGCAUGGAUUUAAUUAAAUUAGUUUCUAAAUCCAUUUAGAUACAUUGGUGCAGUUUUUUGAGGUAGACAAGGCCUCAGAUUGCUCUAGGUUCUUCUUCUUCCCCCGAGCCUCCUGUUACUGUUGUAAAUAGUAUUUAUUAGCUUUCCAAAAUUUCCCUCUGGUAGCCAGACUGGAGAACCAAGCUCCCAAGACCAUGCAGGUUUUCUUGGUGAACUUUGAAAUCAAGAUGGAAAAAAUAUGCUUUUUUUAAAUUAAACUUAGUUCUCUAUAAUGAUUAUUAGAAUGUAAUGAGGCUCCCCUUCCUCCUCCCUUUUACUAAAAGUACAUGGAAUUAAAGCAACUGCUUAGGAAAAAAUUUGUUGCAUGUUCCCAAUUAGACGCAGUUUAGGACAGUGCUGAUGGUCUCCCUCUCUAGUUAUUUAUUAUUACAAAACUACCUAGAAGACCAAACCAAGGUCAGGUCCCCAUUGUGCGAGGCACUGUACACACACAUGAUGAGAGACUGUCCCUGUCCUGAAGCCGCUAUCCUGGAUAGACAAGACAGAAAAAAGAUGGGAGGGGGAAUAGAUACACUGAGAGGGGAAAUGCCUUGCCCAAGGUCACACAGCUGGUCAUUGGUAGAGCCAGGAAUAGAAUCCAAGUCUCCCGCCUCUCAGUGCAGUACCCUAUCCACUAGACCAUACUGCUUCUAAAGCACCAUGCUGAUGCAUCUAAUGCACACUGCCUCUAGUGCGGUGAUUCUCCCUCUCUCAAUACCCAGAUUGUGCCAAUGGCAGGGCUGCCCUUUCCACUCACAACUGUCCUUUCCGUGAUCCAGCCAACCCACCAGUGAUUGCUUCUGGGUUUUAUUUGGUUAUUACAAAGGGCUGCUCAGAGUUCCCAGUGAUGGCUUUAGCCUAAAAACCUAAAUAGGAUAGAAUAGUAUGGCUACUUUUGCAAUUUACCAGGAAAACUCAAUUAAAAAAAUAUUUAAAAUGUUUUUUAAAAAAAAACUCUCCUUUUUUACAUAAAUAAGGAGACCAAACUAGUGUAGCCUUGUGUUUUAUACCAUGUACAGUAACUCUUUCCUCCAGGUAUUCUAUUUUGUAAAAUAUUUUUAAAGAAAAAGUGUAUUGUUUUUGUAUUUUAGUAUAGCCUCUGCAGUGCUUCAUCCUUUCCUGUUUGGAUUUUUCCUUUUUUAGUCUCCCUUCCUUUGUUCAUUAUCCCAUCUGUUCACUAUGGGCCUGAUCCAAAACCCAGUGAAGUUAAUGGAAAGAAUCCAUUUGGCUUGAGUAGGCUUUGGAUCAGUCCCCACUGUACCAUGAUCAGAAACAACAUUCAAAUUGGCAAGAGUGGGAAAUGUGUCCCAAUUCCACUAGCAGAUAAUGGAAUUUGGUGUGUACACCUCUUGUGUGCAUGACUUUCUAGGUCAAACCCCAUUUGUCUGUCCAGGUGUCUAUUUAAAAAAUAAAAAAAAUUGGUGGCAAUGAGAGAGAAAUACCAUUGUGAGCAUAUUCACAGUCAAUCCUUUCUUGUCAGUGUGGGUCAGUACCACCCCUAAGGCAUAUCCCCUCUUAAGGGUCAGCCACAACAGCCAUGCUAAUUCUCCCAGGCUCUCUGGAUUGCGCUAGUGCGCACAGACAACCGUCACACAGCUCUCCCUUUGGGAACCCACAUUAUAACUGCACGAUGGAAAGAGGAAGGAAAAGAUGGGUGUGAGUGAGGGAGCGUCUGAACUGAGACACAAGUGGUGUCUGCAUUAUUUUAACCAUCUGAGGUCAGCAAAGGGAAGGGGAAAAUUUAUGACCUGUUAGAUUUACCAUAUUGGCUAUCUCAGGGCAUCCAAGUACAACCAGGUAGGCAUGAGUCAGGGAUUAGCAAAUUCACGAAAGACCUGGUUUACAGAGCAUCCCCAGGUCCCCUUGACUUUGAGUGUAACUGUGGGGGCCUCAGCGUUCCUGAAAAACGCCCAAAAUUUCUCUCUUGGGGUUUAUUUAUAUAGCUGUGUAUGGAAUGUGAAUGUGGAGCAGGUGGAGGCUUAUCUGUCUAAUCUCUCGUGCCCAUUACCCUACUUAAUGCACGAAUGCAUUCUCUCCCAGUAAAGAGACACUAUUAACGUUACUAAUUUAAAUAAUAAUUUACACUAUUAAAAUAGAGAAUUUCCCCAAAUCAUUGCUAAUCACCAUUAAAGCCGUUUGCUUUUUGCAAUUCGCGCAGUUUGGAUACACCACACCAUUCAUGGGGGUUUUACAUCUUCAUUGAUAAAGGUUACUGUCUGAGUCAGGCUACUGGAUUAGAUGGUCUGAUCUAUGUAUGGAUAAUAUGGAGUACGGCAAUUCCUGUGUUCCUAUUACCAUAAAAAUAGCCUCUUUCUAUAGCCCUAAUAUGUUUGAUGCUUAAAAUGAAAUUUUAGCUGUUUUUUGUGGAUCUCCUAAACUAGCACAACAUUUGGGUUGAAGUCACUGCUGGGGAAUAUUAUUCCUUUAAAAUCAACUACUCCUAUUGAACCUGAAAUGGGUUUCUUCUGUAAGUUCUUUUUCUAGCAAUCGGUCACUUGUUUACUCUGGGGUGAAAUUCAUUCCUGGAUAUAGGGUCAGUACAAGUCAUGCACCAACUUAAGUCCCAAGAAAUCAUCUAAGCCCCACUUUAGCGGUCCCGGGCCUCAGGAAUUUACGCAGUAUAUAGCCUUCGUGCUGGUUUUCUGCACAGACACCCUGAAAGCUGCCCGCAUGGAACCCUGUUGCCAAACCAAUGUUUUACCACACCAGUAAAACCUUGCUUGUCCCCUAUAACCUUCAGACAUUCCCCGAGCUGUCAGUCUUUGAGUCUAGGAAGUUAAGCUAUGAAGGAAAAGUAGGGCAUUAUUUUUUAAAUACAAAUAUAUAUUUAUGGAAAUCAGGCCCAGGCCAUGUGACCGUUCUAAUCAUGUUAGCAUGGAGGGGAGGAGGAAGAGAGAGGUUGGUAUGCUAUUUAUAGUUCUAUGUUAGUUUCAUAUGUGUUCACUAUUUGUUCUGUGCAGACUAAUAUUUUAAUAUACCAAGGUUCAUAGGCCAGAUCUCAGCUGGCAGAGUUUCCAUUUACACAAUUUACAUGGAGUAGCUCUGAUUUAUACCAUCUGAGGAACUGGCUCCUGUCACUGGGCCAGGCUUCUCCCCAGCUCCAAAGUAUACACUGCCAUGUCCAGUCUCUUUCAAGGAGGUUUAUUUUCUUAAUAAACCCAGGUAAACAAACAGAAAAAAAGAGGCUUAACUCAGUCCUUGCUUUCAGGUUCCAGCUCUACCCCUCUCAGGGAUUUCUGGCAGGUUCCCAGUUCUGGCCAGUUCUGCUCCCUCUUGGGGGCAGCAGUGUCAGGGCUGUCUCCCUCAGCCACUGGCCCCCUUGCUCCAGGGGGCCCCACCACUGGAGUUUUGCUCCACUCUGGUGUGACUUUACCUCCUCCAGGUAGGUCACAGCCUGUCUCAAUCAAUUCCCCCUCCAGCUACCCAGUUAGCAGCCCUUUAUAGGCCCAGGUGUAGCUCAGCCCUCUUUAAUUGGCUGGAUUGGACUCACUGGCUCUGGUCCAGGGCUCAGUAUAUCCAUAGGGACCAGCUACCCUGUGAUACCCCAUAGCUUUAUCUGCAUCAAAAUAUAUUUUUAGACUAAAAUUUAACUCUGCCUUCCCUUCACCUCCACCACCAUCCCCUUUUUUUUGGUAAUUCCUGUAAAACUGACUUUCAGCAGUGGACAUUGUCUAGACACAGUUACAGUGUAGGUCAAAUAAAUGAGUAAUAUUAAUUGCCACAUCACAAGGGAUUGCCACAGAGUAUUUGGGCUCUAGAUUCUAGCUAGCGCCAACAGGCCAUUGUACAAGAACAGAAAUAUAGUUAGUAUUUUUAUGCUCUGUGACUAAAAUAUUUCAUUCUCCAAGCACUAAUUAGAAAGGGAAUGUUUUGCAUUUUGAAGGUGAAACAGUAGGUCAUUACUUUGGUGAUUGGGAAGAAAGCAGUAUAUUUGAGAGGUGCUUUGUUGAACUACUAUAUACUCUGCAGCUUUGCACUGUAGCUGCACUUACUGUUUCAGUGUUAAGGGCAAAUGACUGUUGGGAGUGUGGGGAUAAACUGGCCACACAAGUGCAUUAUAGACAUCAAUAAAUGUAUACAGGUUCAGUCAGUGAAUCAAUGUGCACACCCAAUAAUCUUAAGACCCAGCAGAUGCACCAUGGACAUUCAGUCUUAGAUUGUGGGUGAGAUCCAGGUUAACUGCCUUGCCUCAGUGAUAAAUUGUAUUCAGAGAGACCCUAGACAUGAGCCAGGAAUUUGUUUUUCCAUAUGCAUAUCACCUAUCUGCUUUUCUUUAUGAAGGCACAGAUGUGGUUUUGCCUCCUAUCUUCUAAGCCUGUGUUGCUUUGGGUCUUGCAAGAAACGCUCAUGAGACUGAAAUGGGCCUGUGUUGUGGUUUAGUUACUGCCACCAGUCUCUGCUCUGACUUACAGCCCACUUCCAACCCAUCCCUCAAAGAGAGUAAAAUGUGGGGAUAUGGAGUAAGGGAAAGCUGGAUUUCCAAAAUUGCCUCAAAGGGGGUGGAGUAAUUCUGAGAUGGAGGGGGACUCCAGCAGCAAGGAGAAAAUUUCUUCACGCCCAGAAGGAAAAUCUUUGUUUGUAUAGAUUGACACCUUCCCCACUCUUACCUUCUCUCCUUCCUUGCCUUUUUAAUUAUGUAGCCCUGUGCAUGGAGAAUAAUGGGGCUGACCUUUUCAGUGGAUUCCACUUUCUCAUGCAACAUGGGUAAAAUAAAUUUGAUCUUUUAUUGUUCAUAUAAUGGGGUGAGUAAGGACAGAAGAGGAGCAGAAGUGGGUGAGUCACAAUAAGACUUCUGUUUUAAAAUAUGUGUUUGUAUCAGACCAAAGCUGAUUCUGGUACAGUGAUGCUGAAGUAAUGGAAUCCCCUCUUCUUGAUUGAUAUAGUUAACUAUAUUCUGUAUUGAGUGAUUUUUAAAGACACUUGCAGGAGUUUUCUUAAAAUAAUAAGCCACUCUAAAUAAAGGCUUUUAUUCAUCUAUAAAUCAUCAUUUAUGCAUUUAUCUGAACAGCUGCCACACAUUCCACUUGGUUCAAUAGAAAGUUCCAUCUGAACUGCAGUGCAAAUGGGAUUAGCAGUGGUAUUACCUAUCUGAAAGCUGUCCUGUCACAUUCUGUAAAUGUUCUCUUACUCUGUAUGAAGAUUUAUGUAAAUAGAGCCUGGACUGAACACCAAACCUGCUAUAGACAGCUCUGGAUACGUACAGGGAAAUGUACCUGGCUUUACCCUAAUUAGCCUUUGGGUGUCACUUUUGUUUCAUGGAAUUACAGCUUCAGCCACUUUUUUUAGGGCUGUAAAUUAGAAGGCCAUAAGAUGUGAGGUCUGGGAGUGACAGUUCAAGGAAUAGCAUUAGUCUUCUGGUACAAGAGCUAAAGGAUCCUACUUUCCCAUGAACACAUCCUCUUAACCACAUGUUAAGCUCAAUAAAAAAUUAAUGCAAAGAAUUUUCUUGGGCAUAUAAAGGGCCAUGUAGUGAUGAAAUUAUAUCAAAUUCAAAUUGCAGGUAUAUUCCAGUCGCCCUGAGUGUUCCAGAGGACAAAUUAUCUGGAGUCCUCUCCUCUAAAAUGAAAUACUUCCCUGUGGAGGGUCAGAAAUGAUGUUUCGGGCCAUCCAAACCAAUGUCACCCUGCAGGUUACAUCCAUGUAUCAUUUUGAUUACUCUCCCUGUAUGUGUGCAAAUACAGAUGACACACAUGUUUAUGGUUUGCCCAUAUGCAUAUUAAACAAAACUAUCCAUUGUGAAAAAGAUGGCAGUUAUUUGGGACUGUGCAAGAACAAAAUCCACCAAACCCCUCAGUAAACUGUAACAGAGCCUCCUUUGACUUUGCUGACAUCUAUGUUCUUUUGCCAAAUGUAUGUUUAACCGUGUGUGUGCGCGCAUGUUGGUUAGUCUCUUUUUGUAAUGACUUCUAUACAUGCACUGCUCAUCUGGAUACAUUCCCAUCUGGUUGUUCACGCUGCAAACAAGUCUUAGUGUAAAGAAAUUGUUUGCUGAAUUCUACAAGAAAACAAUUAUUGGAAUAAAACUAAAUGCUUUUGUAGGAUUACAUAUAUGUAGUUAAGUAAAAACUAAAGUAUGUUAUGCCUUUUCAUUCUUGCAAAUAAAUAUUUUAUGUAGAAAAAA